GUUCCGAUUUCGGCCCUGCGCCUUUUGGUCAAGCUCCACCUGGUAAACCUCCUCGCCCGUGUUGUUGGACGUCCUUUCCUCGUGCCUUUUGUCGCACCCUGGUCCCAUGUUGAUGCAAGCAGGCGACGAGCGGUGUUCCCUACAUAUUACAUAGGCCUCUUAGUAGCAGGUUCUAUGCAGGAAGCGAGUGGUCGUGGGUUUUAUUGCAACAAGUGGCUAGGCAUGGCAAGGACGACAGUGUCAAGUUUCCAUCCUUGGUGUUGACUCAUGCGGUACCAGGCUGUAUACUGCUGUCGUUUCGGCCUUGCGUUUCCAAUUAAUAGCAGUGCAUUACAUCGCCCCACCUAACGUGGGGGUAGGUAUCGCUCGUACGUUGUGUACUUCGGUCGUGUACGGUAAGUGUGGCAACCACUAGAUGAGAACACCAGGGAACCCCGCGCGAACCGCGUUCGCCGGGCAUACGUACAUGAGUGAGUGGUGCUCCACUGAGACUGUCGCCACAUGAAAAGGGGGAUCGUGUGCACCUCUCUAUGGCUGGUCCUAAAUUGAUCAGUCUUGGAUUAUUUCGGGUCGCUGAGAUCGCACAGCGGAGACACGACUAAAUCAUGCCGUUCUUGUUAUUUUUCGUAUUUCGGUGCCAUCUCUCCGACUCGUACAGCAUACCGCCUCCUGCAGCAGGCCGUAAGCUUUCAACUGCGCUCACCAACUCCACCCAUCCCCCUCGCACUCGGACCCACCCGUCCGGUAUGGGAUCGGACACCUCGAUUCCAGAGGAGGUUGCCGUCUUCAUGGCGCCCAUGAAGUCGACCACGUGGCGCGUAACACGGGCCGCGCUCCGCACUUGAAUGCUGGCCAUGCUGAUGAAGGUCACCCACGAUUACACGGAGGACGAUGGCUCGCCAGGACGUGAGCUCACGUCAGCCUACAUCGCGGACACAAUGACUACGCAGAUGGAGAAGCAGGUGGGGUGCAUGGAUGCAGCCGGAGGCCGCCAUGCGCGGCCUCGGGACCGCCAUGUUCUCAAAGGGCCUAGGCCCCGCAAAACACGGCGUCCCGUAGCGAAGGACGAGACCAUGGAGACGAUGUUCUUCUACGAGGUGUACAGUUGCCCUCGAUCCGCACCUUGGAACCAGAUUCUGCAGCCGGCUAUGGAGGUAGCUCUGCAGGAGAUGGAGCUGUACGUCUCGAGGGAUGUAAUCAACGCGAGGAGGCUAACGCCAGGCCACAAAACGUCAAACAAGAGCGACCCCGACAAGUACCGCACCUUCAUGCCCGCAUCGGCAGAAAAAAAAAUGGAGAAAUCAUGUGAAAAACACAAGUGGCGGGGGGGAUUGAACCCGCUACCACAAGACUCCAAGUAUCUAGGCGACCGGCUUGUACGCAGUGGACCAAUCUCCAAGAGAGGGUACACCUUGCGCUACCAUCGGCAACCUGCCCCCUACGGCCUGUAG